AUGACUGCUUCAGUCUUUGGCAAUCAAACUCGAGUCAAUGUUUUAUUCCAUCAUCCAGAGUUGACCAGAUGCCUUGGUUAUGGGCUCUUACAGGCAAUAGCUUGCUUGAUGGACAUGAAUGCGUUGUUGGACAGAUUUCACAAUUACAUCUUACCACAUCUGAGAGGGGAAGACCGAGUUUGUCACUGCAACUGUGGAAGGCAUCACGUCCAUUAUGUUAUCCCAUACGACGGGGAUCAGUCAGUGGUGGACUCCUCGGAGAAUUACUUUGUGACUGACAAUGUAACCAAGCAAGAGAUUGAUCUGAUGCUGGGACUUUUGCUGGGCUUUUGUAUAAGCUGGUUUCUGGUGUGGAUGGAUGGGGUUCUCCAUUACGCAGUGCGAGCCUGGAGAACCAGCCGACGGUAUGACAAUUCCUGGUCUUGGAUCCCCAAAUUUUGUAACUUGAAGGAGUUCAGGAAACGUCACCACCGACAGUACGAGGAGGCGACCGGGAACAUGGUGCACAUCAAACAGAAGCUGUACCACAACGGGCACCCCAGCCCACGGCACCUCUGAGGAAUGCCUUCCCCUCCAGAGACUGCAGGGAGCUCUUGAACAGGACUUUGCUCUCUUGGCAGGGACCAGCUGAGAACACGGUUUUACCCAUCCAGGCCGUGUGUCCCUGUGCCACACCAGGAUGCACAACUAAGCCAGUCCUGGAUGCUCCGCAGCCAAGACAUUGCACUGUGUUCCACGUUUUAUUGCCAGACUUGUGUAUAUAUGUAAAAAGCAA